AUGUCUCAUGGAUUUUCUCAGGAGUACCGGGAGAUGCUUGCUGAGGCACUGCGGGAGUCGAGCGGCUCGGACACGGGCUCGGAAGAGUCGGGACGGCCAUUGAAACGGCAUGGAGGACGCCGACGCCGCAGCGACGAGCGCGAGACGGACAACGACAAGCGAGCGAGAAUCGCGACCGCAAGCGAGUCUGUGGUCGAGGUGUCAGACGGCAGCUCAGUUUCGCCGCAGCCGCUACAGCCGGAGACUGCCGGCACAGAGGUGAUUAGUGUGGACAGCGAGGAGGACGAGUACAGCGAGUUCGACGAGGAUUUCGAGGACGUCGAUUUGGGUUGCACGGCACCAGAGCUCGACCGCGCGAGCUUGGCGGAGGAAAUCACCGUUUCCGUCUCGCGGCCGACGAAACAGACGCGCAAGCAGAACCUGGUGUCGGCCGACGAGCGUAUGUUCCGCAAAACGCUGCACAUGCUGUAUUUAUUUACGAUGGUGGCCCACGGCGUGGUGCGCAACGCGUGGUGCAGCUCGCCCGAAGUUUUGCGCGUGCUGCGCGGCCAGGUGCCGGGCAAGCUGCUGGCGGAGGUGGACGCGUUCCACGAGCAGCAGCAGCGCGCGGACGUGACCAGCGCGGCCAAGUCGCGCCGUCUGCUGGACGUGCUGCGCCACCUGAUGCAGUACUGGUACCGGAGCUGGACGGUCGAGCCGCGCCACCGGGGGCUGUACAAGAAGACGUGGGAGGAGAUCGCGAAGCUGUGGGAGCAGCCGGCUGUUCAGGGCGAGAACGUGACCAAGGCGCGGUUCGUCAAGCGCAUGGAGCAGCGGCGUGGCUCGCGCGACCUCGCGGCGCAGGGCUUUGUGGCGCUGCUGCGCGCGCUCGACAUCAACUGCCGGCUCGUGUUCUCGCUCCAGCCACCGGACUUCACCAAUCUGGCCGUUCUGGCGCCGGCUACGCCGUCCGACGGCUCGUCCAAAGAGGCCAGCCCUGCCCCCAAGCCCUCUCCGCGCCGUCGCAAGGCCGCGUCCCAGCACGAGCGGCUUCUUUCUGCUCUGCGCGUGAACAGGCCCGUGUACACGAAUUCUCGGCCACAGCCACAGGACGACGCGCAGUACCCUGUGUUCUGGUGCGAGGUCUGGGACAGCGCCAGCAAGCGGUUCACCAGCGUCGACCCCAUCGUCCAGCGGUACAUCGAGAACGUCGGGACGCGCUCCAAGUUCGAGUGGCCCAACAACACCACGUACGUGCUGGCGUACGACCGGCUGGGCGGCGUGCGCGACGUCACGCGGCGCUACAGCGUGCACUUCAACGCCAAGACGCGCAAAAAGCGCAUCACGCGAGACCCGCGCGGCCAGGACUGGUACGACAAGCUUCUGCGCGGUGCAAACUCGCGGCGCCGGCUCGCAAGCAAUAAAAUCGACCAGUACGAGCAGGUCGAGUUCGAGCAGCGCUCGCUCAAGGAGGGCAUGCCCAACUCGAUCCAGGAUUUUGUGAACCACCCGGUGUACGUGCUGGAGGAGCAGCUGAAGACGAACGAGGUGCUGAAGCCCAAGAUCAGCUGCGGAACGAUCCGCAAGAAGACGAAGGCCGGCAAGGCGGGCGAUCUGGUGCCGGUGUACCGACGCUCCAACGUGGUUACCGUGCGGUCUGCCAAGGCGUGGUACUUACGGGGCAGAGUGCUCAAGAUCGGCGAGCAGCCGCUCAAGGUGAGAGAGCAGCGCAAACAGCGGCCGGACGACGACGACGACGACGACGUGAGACUGUACGGAGAGCACCAGACAGAGAAGUACGUGCCGCCGCGCGUCGUGGACAAGAAGAUCCCGCGCAACUCGUACGGCAACAUCGACGUGUACCAGCCAUGGAUGCUGCCCGAGGGGACCGUGCACAUUCCUGAGAAACAGGCCGAGAAGGCCGCAAAGCUGCUCGGAAUCGAGUAUGCGCCUGCUGCGGUCGGCUUUGAUUUCGGUAGCGGUAGCAGGGGCCGCGGAGCCAGCGUCAGCGUGCGAAUUGCUGGCGUGGUUGUUCUGGCGGAGCACAAAGAGGCCAUCGACGCGGUGUGCGAGUAUCUGAGGGAAGAGGAAGAGGAAGCAGCGCGCAAACGGCGCGAGGCCGCCGCGCUGCGUGUGUGGGCCGUGGUGCUGGCCAAGCUGCGGAUCUCCAAACGGCUGGACAGGGAGCACGGACUAGUGGAAGACUCGGGUGAGGACGUUCCGUCGGAAAGCGAGCACGAGCCUGUGGCGGACGACGAUCAGGACGCAGCAGGGGGAUUCGUCCCGCAAGGACCGAAUACUGAGGAACUUGACUCUGGUGGAUUUGACUCUGGUGGAUUUGAGUCCGGUGGAUUUGAGUCCGGUGGCUUUCUGCCGCAGGAUACGCCUGCACAGCCUGUUUCGCAAGACGCGCCUACGAGCGACUCAGGGCCCGAGAGCGACGCCGACGCCGCCGCCGCCUACUCCGACUCCGAAGGCUACGAGUUCGAAUAUAGUGACUAA